CUAUGGAAACACACUCCAUUAAAAGAGGGAGAUAGAUGAGGAAGAAGAUGGAGAAGACAAAAACAAAAUAAAAAACUUCCAUAUCUUCCAAUUAUAUUAUUUCCUUUCUCUUUUUGUAUUUUCCAUUUUCUCUGCGUUUGUAAACUUCUCUUUCCUCUUUUUCUUUUCGUAUUUUCCAUUUUUUAUCCCUCCCGAAUAUUUUCCUCUCUCUGUUUUUUUUUCCCCGGGAAACAGAAGGAAAAUUCCUUCUUAUUUGUUUAUUUUCCCGGAAGGAGGGAUUUUGUGAAUACCCAUCUUGAAAAGAGGUAUAGGGGAAUGAAUCAAAAGGUUCAUGUGUCUUUGCCGAUACUUUUUUUUGCGUCUCUAUACAGGUCCUGUGUCUCAUUGUUGCACAUGGUUAUGUAAUUCUAUAGGGGAAUGAAUCAAAAGGUUCAUGCUUUCACUAGAUUCUAAAGCUAGGGUUUUUUGGGAACCUACCUACAUUAGCCUUUGAGAUUGGGUUUUAUGUCUAGCCAUGGAGUCUUCAAGAGAUGCUAUGAAAGGCUGUGACUUUGGUUGUGAGUCUUGUGACUAUUCACUUGAUGCAUAUUCUUCAGACCCUUUGACUAUAACGUUGAAAAGCGAGAACAUGUUGUUGUUACGAGGCUCUUCUGAUUCAUCUUCGAAUGAAUGUGCUGCUUUACUUGAGAAUCUUGCCCAAAGGAAGACAGUGAAAGAUCUUCACUUGGAGCUCGAAGAAGAGAGAAACGCUGCUGCAUCAGCAGCUAACGAGACAAUGUCGAUGAUACUUAGGUUGCAGAGAGAAAAAGCUGAGAUACAGAUGGAAGCUAGGCAGUUCAAAGCGUUUGCUGAGGAGACAAUGAUGCAUGAACAAGAAAAGGUAUCGGCUUUGGAGGAGUUGUUGUAUGAGAAAGAGCAAGCUAUUGAGGCCUUGUCUUAUGAGGUUGAAGCUUACAAGGAUAAGUUGAUGAGCUAUGGGGUAACUGAAGCAGAGAUACUUGGUUUUCGUAGAGACUCUUUUGAUGAUUACCCAUGUGAAUACACUUCUUUGAGAUGUAGUGUGGAUGGUGAGAACCCGAGUGAAUCAGAUGGUGAUGUUGAGGUUGUGGAGAAGGUGAUGGUUGAUCAGUCCCCAGGGUGGCCAUAUUAUGAUUCAAACUCGCCUUUAGGAACUGCUACAGAAGUAAAGGGGACGUUUACCACAGACUCUCCUAUGACUACUAGUAAUGCCAGAGUUUAUACCAUUGACUCAAUUCAUCUGGGAGUUUCUGAAGUUAAGAUUGACAACGAGCCUCAGAGAUAUCAAGAUCCGGUGAUGAUGACUCAGCAAAGAGUUAAGGAGCCAGAUAUUGAGAAGCUAUACACAAGGCUGCAAGCACUUGAGGCUGACAGGGAGUCAUUGAGACAGGUCAUUGUAUCGAUGCGGAGGGACCAAGCUCAGCUGGUGUUGCUGAAAGAGAUCGCACAGCAUUUAUCAAAGGAUACUGUCACAAGGCGAAACCCGGUUAGCAAAAUGCCAUUUUUGAAAGCAUUCUCUGUAGGAACGGUCUUCAAGUGGAUUGUGUCUUUCGUUUCCUGGAGAAGGAAAGAAAAGCCAAACAAGUAUGUGUACCAUCUGCCAGCAAACAAUAUGGGGAUGCUUAUGAUUCUGAGCGAGGGAUGUCCAUCUAGAAGAUGGAAUUGCUUAACAAGUUCACAUGUCUAGACAUUUAUUAGUUUUCUCUCCUGGUAUAGCUAGUGCAAAUUGAAUGUACAUUUUUCUUUACUGCAAGACAUCCAAUCAAACAUGUAUGGAUGGUUCUGAUUCUUGUUGAAUACUAAAGUUAAUUGUAACAUGUUUUUGGAUAAUAA